UUCACUCGCACUCGCCCCGGCAGAAGAGAACAACUGAUCCAACAUUUGGUGGCGCCCAAUAUUCCCUCUCACCAACCUCCAUCCCGAUCAUACGAACUACUUUCAGACAUCACACUCAUAGAAGAAGAAUAAGAAGAAGACGGCGAUCGAAGCAUAGAGAUCUCGCGCAUGCGAUCAUCAUCCUCACCGACUCCUCUUUAAUUGAGCUCCAUUGAUCAAUGCAUAUGUCAAUGGCUCUCCGAAGGCUAUUCACUUCUUCCUCCUCCGCCGCUUCACCUCUUCUGCUCCGUCCUCUCUCCGCUGUCUCCUCCCUCCGAUACACGUCCUCGUUGCACAAUCAAGCGCUUCGACAAAAGGAGGACCCCCGCGUUACGUGGACGAAGCAAUUGAAUGCCUCGCUUGAACAAGUUGAUCCGGAGGUUGCCGACAUCAUCGAGCUCGAAAAAGCCCGCCAAUGGAAGGGACUGGAGCUCAUACCGUCGGAGAAUUUCACUUCAGUGUCGGUUAUGCAAGCAGUUGGAUCAGUAAUGACCAACAAGUACAGUGAAGGGUACCCUGGUGCUCGAUACUACGGAGGGAAUGAGUAUAUUGAUAUGGCAGAGAGAUUGUGUCAAAAGCGUGCUUUAGAAACUUUCCAAUUGGAUCCUGAGAAAUGGGGAGUUAAUGUUCAGUCACUAUCAGGAUCUCCUUCAAAUUUUCAAGUGUAUACCGCUUUGCUGAAACCGCAUGAGAGAAUCAUGGCUCUUGAUCUUCCUCAUGGUGGACAUCUUUCACACGGUUAUCAGACUGACACCAAGAAGAUUUCUGCUGUCUCUAUCUUUUUUGAGACAAUGCCAUACAGAUUGGAUGAGAGCACAGGGUACAUUGACUAUGACCAGCUGGAGAAAAGUGCAACACUUUUUAGACCAAAAUUAAUUGUUGCUGGUGCAAGUGCUUAUGCACGCCUAUAUGAUUAUGCACGCAUUCGUAAGGUAUGUGACAAGCAAAAAGCUGUAAUGUUGGCAGACAUGGCACACAUUAGCGGCUUGGUUGCUGCAGGGGUCAUUCCCUCACCCUUUGAGUAUGCAGAUGUUGUUACAACCACAACACAUAAGUCACUUCGUGGGCCACGUGGGGCAAUGAUCUUCUUCAGGAAGGGAGUGAAGGAGAUUAAUAAACAAGGAAAAGAAGUUAUGUAUGACUAUGAAGACAAAAUUAACCAAGCAGUUUUUCCCGGACUUCAAGGUGGUCCUCACAAUCACACAAUUACAGCCUUAGCUGUUGCUCUGAAACAAGCAAUGACACCAGAAUAUAGGGCCUACCAGGAGCAAGUUCUCAGUAAUUGCUCAAAGUUUGCUGAGAGUUUGAUAGGUAGAGGCUAUAACCUUGUAUCUGGUGGGACUGAAAAUCAUCUGGUCCUGGUAAACUUACGAAGUAAGGGUAUUGAUGGCUCCCGAGUUGAAAAGGUUUUAGAGGCUGUGCACAUAGCAGCUAAUAAGAAUACAGUUCCAGGUGAUGUGUCUGCCAUGGUGCCUGGUGGCAUUCGUAUGGGAACUCCGGCUCUCACAUCUAGAGGAUUUGUCGAGGACGAUUUCGUUAAAGUGGCUGAGUUCUUUGAUGCUGCUGUAAAGUUGGCACUUGAGAUAAAGGCAAAGACAGAAGGAACAAAGUUGAAGGACUUUGUGACAACUAUGAGCUCAGAUUCCGGGUUUCAAUCUGAGAUUGCAAAGCUCCGAUCUGAGGUUGAGGAGUAUGCAAAGCAAUUCCCAACUAUUGGUUUCGAGAAGGAAACGAUGAAAUACAAGCAUUGAGUCCAGAUCUUUAGAGCAAGGAUCACACAAUAGCUUACUUUGGAUGGAAAUGGCAAUAUUUGAAUUCACACGGCUAUGGUUCAAUGACGAUCUGACAUUUCAACUCUGCCUAAUGAUUCUGAAAAAAAGUGUAUACAAUAUGAAAUAGCAUUAAGAUUUGUCUUUCUCAGGUUUGUUGUUUAAAACUGAUUUGCCUUUCCAUGUUUAUGAAUUUGAAACAGCUCACACUUGAAUUAUAUAUUGUUUCAAUGUUUAUGAAUUUGGAAUAGGUCUCUCUCUC